UUUAUGUUCCUGCUGUUAUGCACAGAAGUUGGCAACGCCAAAGCUAGAGCUGCGACAAAGAAUUGCAUCUAAGAAUUCUCUUGUAUAAUAAAGAUGGUAUCUCAUGAUUACAUGAUCUGUAUAUCCACACGAUGGCCAAAUUUAAAAGGCAAUGUAUUCAGAUUGUUAGCACUAGUUGUAUUGAUCUGUGAAAUUCUGAUGUUAGAAGGAGUAAAUGGCUGGAUAUACCAUUAUUCCAAUAGAACCAUGAAAUGGAAUGCUGCGAGGAAAUACUGUCGAGAGCGGUACACCGAUAUGGUCGCGAUACAGAAUAUGGAGGAAAACCAGUACCUGAAUGAAUAUUUGCCAAAAGGACAAACCCACGUCUGGAUUGGCUUGAGGAAAGUAAACAAUAUCUGGACUUGGAUCGGAACAAAUAGGACCUUAGAAACAUUUGCUAUGAACUGGGCUCCUAAUGAACCUAAUAAUGGAAAGAAUAAUGAAGAUUGUGUGGAAAUGUAUAUAAAGAGAACUCUGUAUGCUGGAAAAUGGAAUGAUGAACCCUGCCUUCGAAGGAAAAGGCCACUCUGUUACCAAGCUUCGUGCAAACUGGAUUCUUGCAGUGGUCAUGGAGAAUGUGUGGAAACUAUUGGUUAUUUUAAGUGUAAGUGCAAUGAAGGCUUCUAUGGAGUCAACUGUGAAAAGGUUAUUAAGUGUAUUGACCUGGAGGCACCAGAUCGAAGCUUUAUGAGCUGUUUCCACUCUUACGGAAAUUUCAGCUACGACUCAAUAUGCAAUUUCAGUUGUGUAGAAGGAUAUGAAAUAAGUACAACACAGAGGCUUCAAUGUACAGCUUCAGCAGUUUGGUCUGCGCCUGUUCCAGAGUGCAAAGUUAAGAAAUGCAGAUGGUUGGAGGUUCCGCGUAAAGAUACUCUAAACUGCUCCCAUCCACUUGCCGAUUUCAGUUACAACUCAACCUGCACCUUUAGCUGUAGGGAGGGGUAUGUACUGAAUGGAUUAGACACACUCCAAUGUCUAGCUUCUGGUCAAUGGUCAGGGCGGAUCCCCAACUGCAAAGUCCAAGUAUGUGAAACCUUGACAGCCCCUGACUAUGGCAAUAUGAGUUGUAUCCAUCCCAUUGCAGACUUUCAUUACAACUCAACAUGCAACUUUAGCUGUAGCAAAGGAUUUGCAUUAAGUGGACAGAGCAGGAUCCAAUGUAGAAUUUCUGGAGAAUGGACACCGCAAAAGCCAACAUGUGAAGCUGUGAAAUGCAGUGAACUGAAGACACCUCAGAACCUCCUGGUGAACUGUUCUGACCCAUUUAGACCUUUCAGUUACAGCUCAAAAUGUGAUUUUGGCUGCGCAACUGGAUUAAUCUUACAGGGAUCAGAUAGCCUGCAGUGUGAAGCUUCUGGACAAUGGACAGCAGAGAUACCCACUUGCAAAGCUGUUCCCUGUAGUUUACUGACGAUUCCUAAACAAGGUACUAUGAACUGCAAAAGCCCCUUUGAAGACUUCAGUUACGGCUCUACAUGUGUGUUCGGUUGCACUGAGGGGUUUGUACUGCAGGGAUCAAGCAAUCUUUGGUGUCAAGCCUCGGGGCUAUGGACAGCUCAGGUCCCCAGCUGUGAAGCUGUAAACUGCACAAGUCUGAAGGAUCCUGAGAGAGGGACCAUGAACUGCUCCCAUCCCUUUGGACUCUUCAGUUACAAUGCUACAUGUGACUUCAACUGUGAAGAGGGGUUUAUAAUAAAUGGAUCAGGCAGUGUUCAGUGUGGAGCUACUGGACAAUGGACAACAGAGACACCCUCCUGUGAAGUUUCAAAAUGCAAGUUACUGACACAGCCUGAAUAUGGGGUGAUGAACUGCUCCCAUCCCAUUGGGGAAUUUAGCUACAUCUCAACAUGUCAGUUUUGGUGUUCUGAGGGAUUCUUGUUAUCUGGAACAAACUGGCUCGAAUGUGACGCAUCUGGACAAUGGACAGCAAAGACUCCAACAUGCAAAGCCAUGAAGUGCAACGUGCUGAAGAGUCCAGACAGAGGAACAUAUAACUGCUCCCAUCCAAUUGGAGACUUCAGUUACAGAUCAUCGUGUGACUUCUCCUGCGCUGAAGGAUUUACAUUGAUAGGAUCAGAGAGAGUGGAGUGUGGAGCUUCUGGACAAUGGACAGCACAGAUUCCCAUGUGUAAAGUUGUAACCUGUCAGACACUGACUCAGCCUGAACAAGGGACAAUGAACUGCUAUCAUCCCUUUGGAAAUUUCAGUUACAACUCAGUCUGUGACUUUAACUGUACAGAAGGUUAUGUACUACAAUGGUCUGACAAGCUUCAAUGUCAAGCCAAUGGACUGUGGACAAAGGAGAUUCCAACCUGUAAAGCUAUAAACUGUCAGACACUGUCUCCUCCUGAACAAGGGACAAUAAACUGUUCUCAUCCCAUUGAAGAAUUCAGUUACAAGUCAACAUGUGAUUUUAACUGUGAUGAAGGAUUUGUGCUGAAUGGUCGAGACAAGCUCCAGUGUCAGGCCAGUGGACAAUGGACGGCAGACACUCCCUUAUGUAAAGCUGUAACCUGUCAGACACUGACACUGCCCGAACGAGGAACAAUGAGAUGCUCCCAUCCCAUCAGAGACUUUAGUUACAAUUCAACAUGUGAUUUUAACUGUGAUGAAGGGUUUAUACUGAAUAGCUCAGGCAGACUUCAGUGUCAAGCCAGUGGACAGUGGACAGCACACACUCCCACCUGCAAAGCUGUAACCUGUCAGACACUGACACUGCCCGAACGAGGAACAAUGAGAUGCUCCCAUCCCAUUGGAAACUUUAGUUAUGAUUCAACAUGUGAUUUUAACUGUGAUGAAGGGUUUAUACUGAACGGCUCAGGCAGACUUCAAUGUCAAGCCAGUGGACAGUGGACAGCACACAGUCCCACCUGCAAAGCUGUAACCUGCCAGACACUGACGCAGCCUGAACAAGGAGCAUUGAACUGCUCCCAUCGCAUCGGAAAUUUUAGUUAUAACUCAAUAUGUGAUUUUAGCUGCAAUAAGGGAUUUGUACUGCAUGGGUCAAAACGUAUUCAGUGUCAAGCCAAUAAAGAGUGGACAGCACAGAUCCCUAACUGUAAAGCUGUAAGAUGCAACAUACCGAAGAGUCUAAAGCAUGGUAGCAUGAGCUGCUCCCAUCCGAAUGGAGCGUUUAGUUACAACUCAGUGUGUGACCUUGGCUGUGCAAAGGGGUUCUAUUUGAAGGGAAGGAACCAGCUGGAAUGUACAGCCUUAGGGCAGUGGACAAAUGAGAUGCCAAAUUGUGAAGUGGUGAAGUGUCAGGAACUGAAUGUUGAUCAUCCGACAAUCAUGAACUGUUCAUAUCAUCUUGGAAAUUUCAGCUAUGGCUCAAUAUGUGACUUUGACUGUGCUGAAGACUUUAAAUUGGAAGGAUCUGUGAGACUCCAGUGCAAUGAAUCUGGACAAUGGACAGACGAGGCUCCCCAUUGUAACGUGCUUUUAGGGCUACCUCCUUCAUCGAAUGCUCUGACUUAUGUCAGCACAGUUGCAGCAGUUGCUGUACUUGCUGGUAUCCUUGCUAUGAUUGUGACAUUGAUUAGAAGAAAACUGAAAACAAAAGCAUAUGAUACAACAAAGCUCAAUUCUGACAGUACUGAAGGCUUAGAAGGUAUGUUUGAGAAUCCAGUGUUCGACAAUUCUCCUGAAGGAUCCAUUGAAUAGGACAAGUGCCUUUGGUACAAACGCACAAAGGAAAAAAAGACGUCUGACAAAUGAUUGGUGUUGUUCCACAUCAAGCAUGCUUCCUUCAUUGUCUCCAAGGAUAAUGCACUUUUCUCCAGCAAUAAAGCCUCAAUGAACCAACUUCCUCCUCUAGUUGUCUCAAGCAACUGAAUAACUAGCUACAUUUACAUCAAUCUGCCUAAUUUGAGAUUAAGACCAAAAAUGCAACAUCUUCACAUUCUGUUGGAUCCUGCACUCUGCUCUCUCCCUUAUAUCUGACCGCUUUCCUUUACUUCUGUAACAUCCCAUCAUUCCUGUUGAAAUCCUAAUCUGAUACACCAAUUAUUUACGAACCACCUUUUAUCCUUGAGCUACAAUUUAUUAGCAGAGAUGUUACUCACAGUAGUCCACAUCCUCAUUACUCCUAUCUUUGUUAAGAUCCACUGAUGUUUUAUUGUUCCCGGGAAUCAAU